CAUGAUGUUACUACACCCUAUGGUACCCAGAUGAAUUCAAGGUGCAACUUGAAUCCGGGUCUCGAGAGUUCAAUGAAAACUGAAAUAGAGGAAGCUUAUGAAGGGGAAGAUGAGCAUGAAGAUUCCCCCUCCAUCAAGAGAGAGCUCUCUGAUUUUGAUCUCCAAGUUCAUGAUCCAACAGGUAAAGAGAUUAACUACCCCAGUUUAUAUAAGAAACAAGCCAACAUUCAAUUGGAAGACAGAGACGAUAAACACCUCCGAAAGAGUGUUGAUUUAAUCCAAAGUGGGCAUGUCAGUGAUCCUGGGAUAGGCAAGUCUUACUUCUGGGCUUCUCCAAAGCUCAAGCGAUCUUGCUCAAAUCUGGAAAGAAGGGAUAUGCUUAGGAAGAUAGCCGAUCACUUUCCAUCUUCAAAGUCACAGUCGUUUGAGGAUUUGCAGGGAUUAUCAGCAAAUCAGAUGGAAAAUCUAGAAAGCCCCAGGUCUGUGAUGACUCAUUGCAGUGCUGAUAGAGUGAUGUUGAAAAGGCGUUCCUCUAGCCAAGUUCUCCCUUCUGGAAGUAAAAAAUUGUGGUGGAAGUUGUUUCUCUGGAGCCACAGGAACAUUCAUCAACCAUGGGUCAGCAAAUCAACACAAUUACACCCUGCAAGUGCUGUUUUAAACAGUCAAUGCGGGUACUCUUCAGACAUCCUGGAACCAAAACAAGGUAAGACAUUGAAACAUGUGGGAUCACCCUCUCCUGCGUCACCUUCUGGGGAGUACUUUAGCAAAAGCGGCAAGGAUAAAAAUAUUGACAAUCAAAAGUGGAGCAGAUUUCACAAAGAAAACUUUGAUUUUUGUACACAAAAUCAAUGGGUAGCUUUCUCAACAGAAUCAACCUCCUUCAACAGAGUAGAUGAGUGGGUGAAAGAUCUUGAAAAUCAGCAACCACCUCCUGAGGAUGAUUUUGAUAAUGACAAUAUUGGAACCAUUGUCUUGACACCUUCUCCGGAUGCUGAUAGAUCAAUGGCAAGAAGCACGACUCAGUUGGCUCGACAUCAAGAAACCAAACUUUCAAAGGAUUUUUUGUACGCCAAUAGCAUGGUCCAAUCUCUGAAUCCAGCCUCAACUGCUGCUCAUAUAUCCGGUAUUGGUAUAAAAGCCAUCCCUGCAAUUACACACUUCUCCAGUCUUCGCUCUGUGAAUUUGUCAAACAAUUUCAUAGUUCACAUCACACCUGGAUUUCUCCCAAAGGGUCUUAAUACACUUAAUUUGUCAAGAAACAAGAUCAGCACCAUUGAGGGCCUCCGAGAUUUAACCCGAUUGCGAGUACUUGACCUGAGUUAUAAUCGCAUCGCAAGAAUUGGACAAGGGUUAUCAAAUUGUACACUGGUCAAAGAGCUAUAUCUUGCUGGAAACAAGAUAAGUGAUGUUGAGGGGCUACACAGGUUAUUGAAGCUAACAGUUCUGGACUUGAGCUUUAACAAGAUCACGACGACCAAAGCAUUAGGGCAGCUUGUAGCUAACUACAACUCACUUCAGGCCCUGAAUCUGCUUGGAAAUCCAAUUCAAGUCAACAUUGGUGAUGAGCAGCUGCACAAAGCAGUUUGUGGUCUUCUUCCAAAGCUAGUGUACCUGAACAAGGAAACCAUCAAGCCUCGAAGGACACGAGAGAUGCUCACUGAUAGUGUUGCCAAAGCUGCUCUGGGAAACAGCAGCCGGACCCCAAACAGAAGAUCACUGAAGAAAGGUGGCCAAGAAGGAUCCAGUUCAUCCAGCAUGCAUCGAAGCAGUGCAAGUUUAGCCCAGAAAAACAGGAAAAGGUCAACGAGCCGAACUAAACAUCAUUAGUUGUCUGAAAAAGGAACAGUUCAUCAGUCUUUUAUGUUUCCAAUACUUUAUAAAGUGGAACAGCCAAUACUUCAACUUGUACCCCAACCAGUCGAAAACUUGGUUGUAGGCUUUGUUAUGUUUGCUUCAAGUCUUCAACAUGUUAUCAUGAGUGUUUGAUUUAUAUACCAUAAAGGAGACUGCACAAGGUCGCUAGACAUUGUCAGUAUCUUUGUAUAAGACGAUGUGAUGAAGUCUUCAUCGUCUCCAAUUGUAAUGUAUGGAACUCAAUUCAUCAUCUGGA